AGAAAACAGUACCGCGUGUCUGAAAUUUCUAAUGUCACUGUCACACAAGAUCGCCAAGGUAUUUCUACAAGCGUCGAGACGAAACAAUCCGCUAAGCGUAACGAAUAAUCUCGGCUGUUGCGAGAGCCGGCGCUGGAACGCCGUGAAAGUACCGUUAGGAAAGCGAAGUACGAACGUCCCUGGCCCUGUCCCCUUCAACAAGAGUCGUCGCUCCGAUCGCCUGCGCCUAACGCAAUCGGUCGUUGUGUCAGUGGGGCGACGUCAGCGCAGCGAGUGGACGAGCCGCAGAUACGCCAGCAGCGACAGCAGAGGACGAUACACGGUGGUCGAGAACGAGAACGAGAACAGCAGGAAAAUGCCGGAAGGAAAACCGUUCGAGAGGCUGCCGAAAAACGUGAGGCCCAUCCACUAUCGGCUGUCCCUCGUGCCCGAUUUGAAGGCGCUCACGUUCAGCGGAGAUGUCGCUAUCGAAAUUGAGGUUGUGAAAAAUACCGAUACCAUUGUACUUAACGCUUUAGACUUAAAAUUAGAGCGGGUCAGCCUGAGAGGCGACAAAUUGGUGAGCGCCGAGAAAGUGGAGCUGUGUCCCGACGAGGAAACGGCCAACAUCAAAUUCCCCACGGUCAUCGCGGCCGGCACGUACACCUUGGAUAUCGCCUUUACCGGCGAAAUCAACGACAAAAUGAAGGGGCUCUACAGGAGUAAAUAUGUGAACCAAACGGGUGAAGAGCGAUACGCCGCCGUGACGCAAUUCGAAUCUACCGACGCGCGUCGUUGUUUUCCCUGUUGGGACGAGCCGGCUUUGAAAGCCACGUUCGAUAUCAAUCUAACGGUACCCAAGGAUUUGGUGGCUCUGUCGAACAUGCCUGUGAAAACGAGCCAACCGCUCGGCAAUCUCGUCAAGUACGAUUUCGAGAAGACCCCCAUCAUGUCUACUUAUUUAGUAGCAGCGGUGAUUGGUGAAUACGAUUACGUUGAAGAUAAAUCGAGCGAUGGUGUGUUGGUGAGAGUGUACACGCCUAAAGGGAAGAAAGAACAAGGGAAAUUCGCCCUGGAAGUCGCCACGAAAGUACUGCCCUAUUACAAAGAGUACUUCAACAUCGCCUAUCCGUUGCCCAAGAUCGAUUUGAUAGCCAUUGCGGAUUUCAGCGCGGGCGCCAUGGAGAAUUGGGGUCUAGUUACCUACAGGGAAACUUGCUUGCUGGUGGAUCCCCAAAACACAUCGGCCCACAGCAAACAAUGGAUAGCUCUAGUAGUGGGCCACGAAUUGGCCCAUCAAUGGUUCGGUAAUUUGGUCACCAUGGAAUGGUGGACGCACCUUUGGCUCAACGAAGGUUACGCCUCGUUCGUGGAAUUCCUCUGCGUCAAUUUCCUCUUUCCCGAAUACGACAUUUGGUCGCAGUUCCUCAACGAUUGCUACAUCAAAGCCUUGGAAUUGGACAGCUUGAAGAACUCGCAUCCGAUCGAAGUGCCCGUGGGCAAUCCGUCGGAGAUCGACGAAAUAUUCGACGAUAUCAGCUACAACAAGGGCGCGUCGGUGAUCAGAAUGUUACAUCACUACAUCGGCGACGAGGACUUCAGGAAGGGCAUGCACCUGUACUUAACGAGGCACCAGUACAAAAACACCUUCACCGAGGACCUGUGGGCCGCUCUGGAAGAGGCCAGCAAGAAGCCGGUGAAGGACGUGAUGUCGACGUGGACCAAACAGAAGGGUUUCCCCGUCGUUAGAGUGGCUUUGAAAAGCCAAGGUACCACCAACACGUUGACUCUGACGCAAUCGAAGUUCACGGCGGACGGUUCGAAGCCCACCGACGAAGAUUACCUGUGGAUGAUUCCCAUUUCAGUAUCUACCUCGAAGAAUCCAUCCAAAGAAGUCGUCAGUACCGUUUUGACGACUCGCACCGGCGAAAUAGUCGUACCAGACAUUUCCCCCAAGGAUUGGAUCAAACUCAAUCCGGGCACGAUCGGUUUCUACAGGACCCAGUACUCCCCGGAGAUGUUGGAGAAACUGGUACCGGCCAUUCGGGAUCGAUCUUUGGCGCCUUUGGAUAGGUUGGGACUUUUGGACGAUCUAUUCGCUAUGGUGAAAGCCGGUCACACUAGUACAGUGGAGGUGUUGAAAAUACUUCAAGCGUUCGAAGACGAGCCCGAUUACAACGUUUGGUGUUCCAUCAACAACAUUUUGGGCAGAUUGGGACAAUUGCUCGGCCAAACCGAAUACAAAGACAGCUACGAUAAAUACCAGAAGAAACUGCUGAGCAAAGUGUACAAGAAACUGGGAUGGACCCAAAAGCCUGGUGAAACUCACUUGGACACGUUGCUGAGAGGUUUGGUGCUGGGCAGGCUGGCCUGGUUGGACGAGGAUCAUUCGAUCGGCGAGGCCAGGACGAGGUUCGCCAGCCACAUCAGCGGCUCGGACGUGUUGCCUGCCGAUUUGCGCAGCGCCUGCUACAAGACGGUCCUGCGGGCCGGCGGCCAGGACGAAUACGACACCCUGUUGAAGUUGUACAGAUCGAGCGAUUUGCACGAGGAGAAGGACCGGAUCAGUCGCGCGCUGGGCGCCGCCAAAGAUCAGGAAUUGCUGAAGAAAGUGCUCGAUUUCGCCAUGUCUGAUGAAGUGAGGUCUCAGGAUACGGUGUUUGUGAUUGCAUCGGUGGGUUUGAGCAGCUCGGGGCGAGAGGUGGCCUGGCAGUACUUCAAGGACAAUUGGGCGGUGAUCAAGGAGCGGUACAGCGGGUACUUGCUGACGAGAUUGGUGAAGUAUUUGACGGAGAAUUUCACGACGGAGGAGCGGGCGAAGGAGGUGGAGGCGUUCUUCGAGGAGCACAAGCCGCCCGGUACGGAGAGGACCGUACAGCAAUCGAUCGAAACGAUUCGAUUGAAUACGAAUUGGUUGAAGAGAGAUUCGGCCGCUAUUAAGGAGUAUUUGAAAUCGGUUUGAUUGGAUUAAUAUCGUUCAAUAUACAUUUGAAAUAUAACUAAAGAAUCUAAUAUAUUUGCAAUAAAUUUUGUUACCGAUAUAAAUAUACAUUGUGCUUCAUUCCAGAUCGCAACAUAGGCUGUAGGUACGAUAAAGACAACUUCUAUUAGACACCUAUAAAGGAAAAAGAAAGAGUGACAUUUGUGUAAUUGCACCCUUUCACUCUAACAACUGUAAUUUUAUUAAUCUUUCUUUGUUCAACUCAUAGAAUCGACCAUGUUGCGAUCUGGAUUGAAACAAUCGGUAUAUUGGCGCGAUAUAUAAAUUUUGUAUUGAUUUUUUAUUUGUAUCGAAUGCAUUUGGAUGCUCUUAAUAGACAUUUUUAUAGUUUAUAUCAUGUUUUGUUCACUUAAUUAGUUUCUCUUUCACUAAUAGAUGUUGAAACUUAUGCCAGUAACUGUACCUACAUUUUGUUAUUAAAGUAUUAAAGUUUUUGUAUUGUGUAAUUAUUAUGAUUAUAUUAGCAUAAUCGUAUUGUAGAGAAAAUAAUUGAUUACUUAAUAUACAGAUUGUAAAGUGAAUAUAUAUUUUCUCAGGUAAACAUUGUAAAAGUUAAAACUUCGUUUAUGUAAAAAUUAGAGAAUGAGUCAAUAAAGUAUCUCGAUUAACACCAACAAUAUAUCAAUUAAAAAAAAUUUAAUCAUCACAGAUACACUUAUCACACAAUUACACUUCCGUUAAAUAAUGUCCGCUUUUAUAACUGCUGGCUAUAAAUUUGGAUCGUACGAAUCUAUACACAGAUUCGAAUUUACUCUCGAAAUCCGCCAUCGAAACGGGAUGUCUUUUGCUCAUUAAAUUUAAGUAAAUUCCAAUCACUACGAUGAGACCAGACCAGGCAUAUCUGAAAAAAAUAUAUUCGUGAAAAAUUGUAUAAUGAACUUGUAAAAUAACUUACUGGAAAAUGAAUGGCUUGUUAAAUAAAACGAACGAUAUAAUUAUUGUAACAGCUUUUCGACAAGUAGUAACAGUAACUGCAGCAAAAGCUCCUGUUGUUCUUACUAGAGUCAAAACGAUUUGUAUACCCAAAUAUCCGGUUAUGGAAAAUAGGAACGCGUAUCCGUACAUCUUCUUGGGAUUCUGGAACAAAAUCCUGCGUAUAAAACAGUCGAUAAAUAACCCAUUUCAUACCUGAGAAUAAAAGUUAAUGCCAUCGCUGAAAUCUCCGGAUAACAACAUUACUACGAAAAUAUACAAAAACCCUAUUCCAUAUGAAUAUAGAACUACUUCGGCAUUGGCAGCUCCGUAAUUUUUCAUAGACUUUUCCUGAACGUUUCCUAUUAUCGCAUCACACAACAAUGCCAUUGAAAUCAUCGCUAUACCAGUGGUAUUAA